AUGCAUAAAAUGACUGUAGCUAAUAAUUACCACGAUCAUAGUUUUUUUUACCUAAAUAAUAGAACGAUGCUUGAAGAAGAGCUAACUUACUUUCAAAGCAAUGGCCUGAGUCUCGAACCUACAGCAACUAUAGACAAUAAAAAUUUAGGAGAUUACAAAACGAGCACUGAUACAUUUAAUUCUAACGAGAAUAAUAAAAAUGAUGUAUUGAUGAAUGACACAUUAAAUGGGAUAAAUAUAAAAAAAAUUACUACUUCUUCUAGUGUGGUUAAUAAUAAUAACAUGGGCAACACAUAUCGGCAAAAUGACACCAAUAUUAUUGAUAAGAAACCAAAUAAGCGAAACAAUGAGUUAGGAAAAAAUGGCAAAGUUGUUAUUAAUAGCAAUAAUACCAAAGAUAAUAUAAACAGCUUAAACGAUAUAAAGGAAAAUAAAAUAAAUAAUACAAAUAAUAAUAACUUUUCUAAUAAUAAAAACGGUAUAAACAUAAAUUCGAAAAAUUCCAGUAAAAAUAAGAUUAGCAACUAUGACAAUAUUAAUGGAAUGACUGACAAAAAGAAAAGAAAUAAUUCAGUAAAUAGUGUAAAAAGAGAAACAUUAAAUGAAGGAAUAGAAUGUAACAAUAAACGCCUUGAUACUAAUGGAAAUUGUAAUUAUUAUAAUAAUGCACAUGAAAAAAUCGCACAAAUUUUUGAUGAUAAUAAUAAUCUCCAAUUUAGUCAAAAGUGUGCACGCGAUGUGGCUAACGAACAUAAUUCCAAUGUAGUCUUGCACAAUAAUGAAAAAGGUGAUCAUAAAAAUAUUAACAAAAGAAGAGAGGAUAAAAAUAUGAAUUUAUUAAAUAAUUCGAUUAUUGAAAGUUCAAGCUGUAAGAUGUAUAACGAAGAAGAUUUCAAAAGUUUUGACUCGUCUAUAAAUAAUUUUAAUUAUGUACAUAGUAUAAAUAAUAAAUUAGAUUUAAAAGGUUUAAAUAAUAUUAUGAAAUACUCAAAUAACUUAGAUAAAAAUAAGCAACUAUAUGGAUAUAACGAUAAGCACAAAGUUUGUUGUACAAAAGGAAAUAAUAAUGAAUGCAUAAAAAUGUCGGAAAAUAAUUUAAUGCACAAUUAUCGUUAUACGGAUUACUACAAAAAUGAUAAUAUUAUAGAAAACAGCCAUCGAAAUAAUGAAACCAAUGGUACCAAUAUUAACACGUGCUCAACUGGAAAUAACAUUUAUAAAAAUAUCGAACAGAGUAAUAAUAAUAAUUCGCGUGGUUUCAACCAUAAUUGCCUGAAUAGUUCAGAUGAUAAUAUAUGCAACAAUAAAAAUUGCGAAAAAAAUACUGAUAACAAUAUCAAUGAAAAUAAUAGUACCAAUAAUGAUGGUAUUGGUAAUUGCGAUAAUAGAAAACGUAUGGAAGAAAAUGGUAAAAAUGAUCACGGAUCUGAGGAUAAUGAUGAUAAAGGAGAUAAUAAAAAUAAAAAUAAGAAUGCCAAUAAUUCAAAAAAUAAAGGAAAUAACAAAAGUAACAAGAACAAAAAUGGAAAUAAAAAAAAUAAAAAAAAUGGAAACCAAAAUAUGAAAAACAAUCCAAAUAACAAUGGGGAAGAUAAAACUGAUCAAAAGAAUGAUACCCCAAAUGGAAAAUAUUUGCAUGGAAAUACAAGCAAUACUAAUAAUAAGACAUUAAAACAUAAUAUCGAAGCAAAUAAUAUUUCUGUUAUCCCUUCAAAUAAAUCUGCUAUUGGAAAUUCAGGAUCCAAGAAAAGUGGAAAUAAUUUAAUAAAUUUAAUUAUUUCUGACAAAUAUUCUACUGAUGUUCCUGCUUCUACUACCAGCAAUAAUCAUGGAAAUAUAUCAGAUCAUUGUAAUGAAAUUUUUGAGAAAAAUAACUGCGCAUGCAUUGAACCCAAUUCGAUUUUAUUCCAAGAUAGAGAUAUAAAAUAUGGCGAAAAAAAUGAGCGGAUUAUAAUAUGUGAUAACGAUAACAAAGUGACAAAUGUUAUAGACGAAAAUAAAAGUAAUGAUAUAGCAAAUCUAAACAAUACUGUUAAUUUAUUAAAAAACAAUAUAUACAAUGCUUUUAAUGAUACAUUUAAUGAGAAAACAACUGAAUCUAUUUAUUUUUCGAAAAAGAUUCCAAACAAUGAUGUGGAUAGAAUAAUUGAAAAUACAGGUAAUUUAAAAAAAAAAAAAAAAAAAAUACAAAAUAAUAAUAUAAUAGAUAGUAAUAAUAAUAUGAGCGCAUUCUUAUCUCAUACACAAAUUCUUAUAUUUGAUGCAGAAAUGGAAAAAAAAACAGGAAUGAACCAAAUUAACCAGAAUAUAUUACAAAAUAAAUUCGGAUUAAAUGACGAAAGAGAAAACCAUUCAAUGACAAGUAGCACCUAUACCAGUACCUCAAUUAACGAUGGUAAUAUAACACAAUUACAUAAUGGCAUGAAGCUGCCCCUAAUUAAAACAUAUGAUAUAAAUAAAUAUGUGGAUAAUAGUAUUGCAAAUAAUUCUGGUUUAAAUAUAAACAUGAGUAAUAACACAUUAAAUACCACAAAUCAGAGUAUUGAAAUGAAUGAAAAUGUCUCAACCCGAUUUUCUCAAAAUAAUCCAUUAAACCAGCAUAAAGAAACUAAUAUAAAUUAUAAUCGUUAUAACAAUGAAAAAAAUGCAAAAGACAAUUACAAUUCUCUAAAUUUAAGGAAAAUUGGAAAUAAUAAUAUGUGUGUAGAAAGACCAGUAAUAUUAAACAAUUCUCAAAUGUUACAAGCAUUUAUGCAAGGAAGGCUAUGCUUAAGUUGUGAUUCACUGGAUCAUCCAAUGCCUUUAUGCCCUAAUAAUUCUUUUGUUUGCCCUAAUUGUCAUAAUAUUUCUCAUCGAGGAAAUGAUUGCCCAAUGAAAUGCCGAUUUUGUUUAAAAUAUCAUAUUGGUAUAUCAAUUAUGGAUUGUUUAAAAAAGGCAAGAAUACAAAAUGAAAAAAAGUUAUUAAAUAAGGGGAAAAAUGACAUUAAUAAUAAUGGUAAUGAAAAUAAUAACAAAAUGGGUAAGAAUAAUAAAAAUAACAACGAAAAAGCGAAUGUUGGACCAAGAUUUGAUAUAACUACCCGCCCUGACAAUUCUUAUGGUAGAAGCGUAUAUGUGUCGAAUUUAAGUGACGAGAUAACAAAUAUACAGCUAAGAGAUGCAAUUAAUAAUCAACUAGAUAAUGGGUUUGUAGUUAAUAUCGAUAGACAAAAUGGAUAUGCAUUUGUUGAGUUAUCAAAUUUAAAUUCUACUUUCCAAUUAGUACAAAGAUCAAUUAAUAUUAAUUAUAAAAAACUAAAAAUUCAAUUUAAAAAAACAGGGCAAUUCUUAAUACCAGAUAAUCUAUCUUUUAAUUCUAACAAUGUAUCACGACCUUUUAAUUUAAACAAUAAUGAAAAUACUCAAAAUAAAUUGAACAAAAUAUGUUCCAAUUCUCAUGCAUCUAAUAAAAAUUCCUCUACUUCAACGAAUAACGCAUCUAAUCUAGGUACUAUACAAAAUAACUUCAUUUCAAAUCACAUUCACUUUGGUUUUAGCACUCAAAUAAAGGAUUCUAAUAUGAAAACAAAUGCAAAUAUUGUAAAUAAUGUAUCUCAACAUGAUACGAAUAAUAUAACUGUAAAUAAUAGUUCCAACAACAUUAUAAAUCCUGGGAAUAAUAACUGUCUUCUGCAUAUGGACACCAUGGAAAAAGAAAAUGGAUGUUUUGCUAAAUUUCAUUAUGAAACACAAAGAAAAUCACAAUUACAGCAAUUUAAUCAAACAAAUAACUUGAAAAAAUACAGGGAAAAAGAUAUCAAUAAUUUAUGUAAUAAUAUAAGUGACAACUAUACUGGGAAUAUCAUAGAUCCACAUUUCAGUUCUAAAAUUCUUGAAAAUCUAAAGAAAACUGACCAAUUAAACGAAAGAAAUGAAGAAGGAAAUAAUUUAUUGUGUAACAAUUCUAAUAAAAAUAUAAAAUUCGAAAAAAUAGGGAUUAACAAUUACUGUAAUAAAAAUGGGAACAUUGAUAACUGCUCGAAUUACCAAAUAAAAGAAUUAUCAAAUUAUUAUAAUAUGAACAAAAAUAAUGGAAAAUCAGAUAAUUUGAUAAAACAAAAUAAUCUCUAUGAUUUUAUGUCUUUUGAAGACGAAAAUAUAUUAAAUGAUUAUUUAAAAAAGAAAAAUAUAAAUCAGAAUAAUAGCAUAUUUCCUAUGAAUAUAGCAAAUAUGGAAGAGAAAAAUAAUCAUAAUUUUAAUGAUAAUAUGUUUUUAAAAUUUAUAAAUCAUAUUACAAAUGAUCAAAAUAAAUUAAAUAAUACUAUAAUAAAUGAAAGAACCAAAACAACAAAUUCUACUAUUAAUAAUAACUUGGAUACUUUGUUAAAUUCCCAUUUAUUUAAUAAUAGAUCGUUACUAUUAAAGGAAAAUAAUAAUUAUAAUAAAACUAUAGAAGGUAAAAAUGUUACAGAUUUAAGUAGCAGCAAUAUAUAUUUGAAAAAUGAUAAUAAUUUAACAGAAUAUAAUUCAUCUACAGAUAAUAAUAAUAUGUUUCAGAAAUAUAUUCAUGAAAAUAAUAAGUUAAUGGAUUCUUCAACAACUUUAGACAUAAAAUCAAUUAUUGAUAAUGCAAUUGAAAUAAAUCAUGGUACAAUAGGGUCCGAUGAAAUGAAUUUUACAAGUACUAUCAAUAGUAAUAGUACUAGUAGUAACAAUAGUGGAUGUAGUUAUAGAAACGGUAUACAUAAAGCUGAUAAUAUAGAAUAUUUUGCUGAUGAAAAUUCUUAUAAUAUGACCUAUAUGUGUUCUAAUAAUGACCAUAAUAGUUUGACAAAAAAUAAUAGACGUUUUAUCUAUAUCAAUAAUAAUAAAAAUAUAAAAAACUUUAAGGAAAUCGAGCAGGAUAAAUUAUUUAACCACACUAAUUUUUUUUUUCAUACUUUCGAAGAUGACCAAAAUUGCAAUGACGAAAAGGGAAUAAAUCAAUUUUUUUGGAAAGAAUGCAAUAAUAGUAAUAAUAGCAAUAGUAAUUGUGACAGUGGCAAUAAUGAUGGUGAUAUAUUAAAUCAGGGACAAACUGGAUAUAAAAAUAUAUGUAACGAUGUACUUUAUAGAACUAAUACCAUAUAUGAUAUAUAUAAAAAUUUUAAUUCUAUCAAGAAUAACAGUCCUAGUAUUGAUAAUUACAGCCAACGUACAUGUGAAGAGAAUUACAGCUUUAGUAACGGUGUGGAAAACUCAUCAUCAAAUAAUUUUGAUAAUGUUAAUUAUGAUUUUAAAACGCAAAAUAAUGAUAUAUUAUUCAAUAAUAUAAAUAAUGAAAAAACGGAAGACAUGCAUAAAAUAACUAACGAUACAAUACAUUAUAAACAACAAGAACAAAUUAAUUUUACAGACAUUGAUAUUAAUAAAUUUAAAAGUAUUUUUAAUAACCAAAAAGUGGAAAUGUUAAAUAAUAAUUCAUAUAUGAAAAAUAUGAAAUAUAAAGAAAUUGACGCAAUUGAGAAAGAUCUCGAAAGCCAUAUUAAAGUAUUAUGGAACCUAAGAAAAAUAAAGCUAGGUGAAACCUGCAGUAAUGCAAAAUGA